UCGGUGGAUUGGAUUCCGAGACGGGAUCAGAAAUUAUCCUCUUCGGAAGAGAGAGCUCGAUGCCGGGGCGUGAUAGAAGAAGAUGACGAAGCGGGCAGCGGGGCACUUGCCCCUGCUUCAUCUCUGGCUCUUCGCCGCCCUCGGAGCGUCCUCGGUAGCCAUUAAGAGAGACCAGGGGGUCCCCGACACCAGGGCCUAUGUAGGACGGGUCUUCAAACUUCAUUUGCCAGAAAAUGCUUUCCAAGGACAUGCAGAACAAUAUCAGGUUACCGAAGCAGGAGAAAAUACAUUACCAAAGUGGCUGCAAUUUGAUUCAAACCAACAUAUUUUUACCGGGGUACCUGCUUCAUCUGACGCUGGGCAACUUUACAUAUGCAUAAAAGCCAUCGAAAAGGAAUCUGUCGCAAAGGAUGUAUUUUCAAUUGAAGUCAUCGAGGAUUCAUCAGAAAUGGAAGAUUGUCAGUUCGGCCAAGUGGAAACAGUAGCUGCAAUCGUUAUAGAUGCAACAUUGUCUGAUCUACAGCCGAUAGACAAGUUGCGUAUUAUUCAGGCCCUAGCGUCUCAUCUCAACCUACCGGAAUCAAAGUUCCAAUUGGCAGCCCUUCAUCGCGAAGAAAGUUCUUUCGAUCAAAGCGCGAUUAGAGCUGGCCCUGGUAACGCGCUUCAAAGGAGCUACGACGGAAUCCGUGUUCUUUUUAGUGUGGGUUGCAAUAAUGAAAUUUCUCACCAAUUUGAACCGGUUCUGAAAACUGUAGAGAAGAACGCUGCUAACGGAGAACUUGCUGAUGUGGUGGGCCAUUUGAUAGUCGGCUGGCAGGUUGCUGGCAAGGUCAAUUCGAUUCUGCCUCAAAUGAGAGAAAGACGGAAUGUGACUCCUUUCCGUCCCACUCCUGUACCUAAGUUGCAUUUAACUCGGUGGCCUUCUUAUACAGAACGAAUUGAUGAAGCUGAAACGAAGGAAGUAGUUCCCGAGAUAAGAAUCAUUCCCACCAUGUCCUCUCCUAUCUUCACGACCCAAACUACUUCUGAUCAUCGGCACAGGCAUCACCAUGGCCAAGAUCCUUUUCGAAGAGAACAUUUUUAUCCUGUUACGGAGAUUAUGGCAUCUCCAACCUACCGUUAUCAUCCUUUUCCAACCUCGCAGCAUAGACCUGGAAGUACUGCGGUACCAACUCCUGUGCUACAGCCUGAUAGACCUACGACUGCCGUUGUACCAACCAGAAUUUAUGACAUUGACGGUACCAUUUCAUUCAUCCCAGAACACCCACCUGUUUCAGAAGAUGUGUUGUCAAGAUGGUACGAUAUAAGCACCGAUGUUUCAACUGCUGAUAUACGACCCACAAGCAGUCGAACCACUGUGGAGCCAACAAAACUUAUGCCACAAACGCCUAACUUUAAACCUACUGUCAACAGCCGAAUCAAAAAAUUAUCGUUAGUUGCUGGCAAAGCAUGGACUUAUCAGAUACCAUUGGAUACCUUUAUUGAUAUUGAAGAUGGAAAUACUAGGGAUUUACGAUUGAUUUUUAAGACUUCGGAACAUGCGUCUUUACCUUCACAUUCAUGGAUUCAGCUUGAUCCAGAAAAGCAAAUAAUGUAUGCUUUGCCUUUAAGCGAUAAUAUUGGCAAACAUGAAUUCGUUUUGGAAGCAAUGGACAGCGAAGGAGCUUCAACGUUUGACAGAGUAGAAUUGCAUGUUUGGCAACAUCCACUAGCCGAUACAUUAUCGCAUUCAUUUACUAUGACAGUACGUUACAACAAAUGGCAAUAUCCAGUAGGAAUUGAUUGGCAAAUAGAAAUUUUGAGCAGGUUAGCUCGUUUAUUCGGAGAUCAUGAUAGCUCAAAUUUAUGUGUUCUGUCCGUAACUUUAGAUCCCAUCAAACUGACGUGGACCAACGAUACCCUUCCAACAGAUAUGUGUCCAUUAGAUCAAAUUCAGUAUAUAUAUGAUAUGAUAGCAACUCCGGAGCAUCACCCAACUAAAAAAAUGAAAAAAUUUAUGGAAAGUGAAUUUCGUGUGCAAGAUUUCAGCGUAAGCUAUCGAGGAGCUUGUCAAGGUCUUGUUACGACGCAACCCCCUGCCUUAAACUUUGCCCCAAGGCUACGAAAUCCAAUAAAGCGAAUCAACGUUACUGUAGGUGAUGUUAUCAAACAUAAGAUCCCUGAUGAUACUUUCUAUGAUUUUGAAGAUGGCAGUACGAGGCACCUUCGUCUCACGCUAUUGACUGCAGGACACAUUCACCCUCAGCCAUCUUACUGGUUACAGUUCGAUUCACGCAGUCAAGAAAUCUACGGUCUUCCGUCGGAAGCGGAUAUUGGACGUCAUGAUUUCUUUCUCAAUGCUAUGGACAGUGAUGGGCAUUCAGUUUCCGAUAACUUUAUAAUUCACGUUUAUCGUAUACCGAGACGUAAGAAGCCCCCGGUCGAAUUUAGCAUUCUCAUUGAUUACGAUUUCGAUGAUUUCAAUGCUGAUACAAGCAAAAAGACUCUCAUAGCCUCAAAGUUAGCGCGGUUAUACGGCGAUCCAAGCCCACAGUACAUGAUGAUUACUAACAUCACGAGAGGUUCUAUUUUGUACGCAUGGAGCAACAAGACACUGGGCAAUGAUUACUGUCCUAAGGAAAAAAUUGACCAAUUAGUAAAAUAUAUCAUCAAUGACGAUGGUACACUUGCGAAUGGACUUCUUCAAAUCAUGGAACCCGAAUUCAGAGUCAUUAGUGCUGAUGCCGUGCCAACCGGUGUAUGCUUAGGGGGAGUUCCACCCACUUUCGUAACCAUCACAACCACAACUCCACAACCAUCUCCUCCUCCUGAAGAGCUCGAACCCACUCUCAAGACAUCAACGGAUGACGAUAUCUACAUAACGACAAUUGUGCCAGCAAUCGUGAUAGCCAUUAUGCUCGUCAUUGCUGCCAUUGUCGCCUACUUUCUCUACUGGAAGAAGAGGAAAGGUAAGAUGAGCUUGGGAGAUAAGGACUUCAUCGGUAGUGGCGUUCCCGUCGUGUUUGCAGGAGAACUGGAAGAGCAGAAGCCUGAUCCCGGAAAAGCGCCAGCCAUCAUGAAGAAUGAAAAGCCUCCUUUAUCAACAGAUCACUUGUUGAAUCCUUUCAGGAGUGUAACUGCAGCAGUCCGAAACGUAACAAGUAGAGACAUUGAAACAGCUCCAAAACUUCGUGAAAGUACGACGCUCAGAGAUAGAAAAGACACUUCAACCCUGUAUAAACCACCACCUCCCUUUCCUUCGAGUAGAGAAGGGAAAGGCACACGUCCUAAAAGCACUCAAGCGUACAGGCAUGCGACAUAUGUGCCACCUUAGACCACUAUUUACCUAUCAACUGCCAUGCACAAUGUACUAGUUAAAUUAUAACACAGAUAUGAUUGAAGACAUAGUAUUUGUUGCAAAAUCAAUCAUUUUACCUGUUUCAACAAAGAAUCUUAAAUUUGAUAUUCAGAUGUUUACUUUUUCAAUGUUAUUGCCGCUAUUCUGUUCGGAAAACAAAUACUUCUUAAUUGCUGUGGAUUGAAUUCAAUGCGUUACUAAAUUGUAAGAUUUCUUCUGCACUGAGAUUAAGUAAAACAACUGUCGUAAUGAGAAAGAGCCACUAAAUAUAGGACAACUAUUAAGGCCGUCAUCAUAAAUUAUGAUUCCCAAACCAAAAAUUGCACGAUGGUUUGAGAAUCGCCCCCGACCACCGAUCCAGUUUCUUAAAGAAAAUAUUUUCUUUCAAAACUUCUUGCCUUUAAAAACUUUUUUUCCUUUCUAAGAUCUAAAGUUUUGAAAGGACUUACCACGAAACUUUUCAAAAAGAUUUUAACGUUUAAUGUUUUUAAAUUCUAUAAGUGCUUUUUGUUUUCACCAUAGGAAAUUCGAAAAUAAAUUUGCCAAAUGUAUGGGUGAUUCGAAGUUGUCUGUAUAAACGUUUAGGGGUAGAACACAAAAACAAAUCGAAGUAACGCAAUAACGAAAAAUUCGUCAAUAAACGAAGGAAAAAAAAAACAUUUAAAAAGCUACAAGGCGAUCAAAGUUGCAGAAACAACAUAACAAGAAUACGUAAAGUUGGGGAAUCAUCUAGAAGACCUAGCGUUUGGUAAAUGCAUUUAGGCAUCCAGUCUCACACUAAGGACUCAAAAUUCAUCCCAUUCAUUUAGGCAGGCUUUGCAGCUCUGCCAAAUUGAUGAAUCCGGGUGAAAUUUCCAGUAUUUAACUUACAUUUUCGCUUCGAUAGUGAUUUUUGCAACGAAGCACUUGUCCGAAUCGAUGGAAGCCUGUAGAUCAUACCUUCCUGGGAAUUUAAUGAGAAAAAAUCCUGCCAAAUUAAAUCAUCAAUAUAAUGCCCUUUCUUUCUUUUUUUUUAUUUUUUAUUUUUUUGCGGCCGAUUCAGUGUAGCUCUCAUCAAUACAACCAAUACCCCACCCAUACAUUAACAACAAACUUUUAUUGGGCAAAAAUUGGCCUAAAACUAAAACAUAUAAUACAAAAUUAACUUUGGGCUUUCCGAUCCCACCUGGCCGUGCUAUUUUGGUUUGUUUUUUAUUGUUCUACCAUUCCUUAACGUUUGUGUACACAAUUUUGAGUUACUCUGCAUAUAAGUUCAUUGAAAUAUCCACGAAAUGUGUUUAUUUUCAAAAGGACCCCGAGUAACUUUAAAAUUUAUUCGAUGUAUUCCCAAAAACUUGUACAUACAUUUUUGGAAAGUAAACUUUCAAUAUGAAAUUCCAAAUCAUUGAUAAUAUUAGAAACUAAAACCGAACCAAGUCAAGCAGCAAGUUGUCACGGAAAAUAAAAAAAAAAUCGGAUGGCUUUACAUCCUAAAGCUCACUAUUGAAAAGGGGUUCCUUGGAACCCCGAAACUCGCGUAUGCAGUUCUCUGAAAACUGUGCGGUUGAACGUUAUUAUUUUUUCUUUCACUGAUCUGCGCAAAGGUAUUUCUAUAUUCCAAAUAAGUUGCCGCGUUUGGAUCUUUCAAUGUUAGUCCAAUGAUCAACUCUCUCGGUGCCCUGCUGUGAGGAAAAAAUCAAAUUUUAUUAAUUUCUGAACAUGAAUUAUAAAACUAUACUUAUACACGUAUGAAAGUAAUAAUUUUGAGAGUGAAGUAUUUUUCGAAUAAUUGAAAGAAAAGUAUUAACAAAUUCACUAUAUUUAGUGCAGAAAUUGUAUAUAGUAUUUCGAAUCUGCAAAUCCGUACUGUGCCACAUAUACUUAGUCAAGAUUCAUGCCUAGGUGCUCUCUCCAAGCAACUUCAUAGCUGUUGCCUGCUUCCUUACAAGGUGCAAUUCAAGCCAUAAAUCAGCUAACAUUCAGCGUCACGUUUUGUUCAGCUUCGAUGUUUGUAAAUAAGAGUGUUUAACCUCCACAGUUAAAUAAGUUAUGAAGUAUUUUUAAAUACACUAAUGAUGUUACUCAUUGUUAAAAUAUGCCAAUAAAGUUGUGCUGUUUGUUUUUAUAUGUGAGCUCUCGAACUAUUCAAAUGUAUAUAUACUUGAGAGAAUCAAAUGCAAAUUAAUAUAUGGCCACGUUGAAUUUUUUGUGAACUAUAAAAAUAAAUUUAAAUAUCUGUGUUA